AUGUCCCAGUACGAGAACGAGAUCAACGAGGUCGCCACCGCAGCCAUGCACGAGGCCGCCCUGGAGAGGAUGCUGUUUAAGAUCAUCGACCUCUGGAAGACGACGCCAUUGCACUUGGUCCCUCACCUCACGGAGACCGACUCCAUCCUCGUCAUCUCGUCCCUGGACGACCUGCUGGCCCAGCUGGAGGAGUCGCAGGCCAUGCUGGCCACCGUGAAGGGGUCCUCGUACAGCGAGCCCAUCAAGGGCCUUGUGGAUAAAUGGGAUGCAAAGUUGACCCUCUUCUCGGUCACCCUGGAGGAAUGGGUGAACUGUCAACGGUCCUGGCUUUACCUGGAGCCGGUCUUCAAUUCUUUGGAGGUAAAAAGGCAGCUCCCCAAGGAGUCAGAGAUCUUCUCCCAGGUGAUCGCCACGUGGAAGGAGAUCAUGUCAAAGAUCCAGAACAAGCUGGACGCGCUGGGCGUUGCCACCUCCACGGGCAUGCUGGAGAGCCUCAAGAACUGCAACACCUCCCUCGAACACAUCAAGAAGGGCCUCGAGGACUACCUCGAGAUCAAAAGGAUGAUUUUCCCGAGGUUUUACUUCCUGAGCAACGAGGAGCUGCUCGCCAUCCUGGCCGGGAGCAGCAACCCCGAGUCUGUCCAGCCUCACCUCGGGAAAUGCUUCGAGAACAUCAAGCACCUGGUGAUCUGGAAGCAGGAGAUCGGCCCUCCCACUGUGAUGAUGCUCAUCUCCGAGGAAGGGGAGGCGCUGGUGCUACCCAAGAAAAUCCGUGUGAGAAAUGCUGUAGAACAGUGGCUGGAAAAUGUAGAGAAGAGCAUGUUUGAUGUGCUGAAAAAAUUUGUGAGGGAAGGCAUUGAAGACUGGAGCCACCAGACCUUCUCCAUGUGGGUGGUGUCCCACCCCGGACAGGUGGUGCUCACCGUGAGCCAGAUCGUAUUUUACAACGAUUGCACCAGAAGCUUCGAGAGCUCUCAGCCGAGAGAAGAGCUGGAGGAAGUCCACGCCACUCUGGUCCGGCACCUGCGGCAGAUCUCAGAGCUGGUGGUGCUGGACACGAGCAACGCUCGGACGAAAGCUGUGCUGGGGGCACUGAUCACCCUCUACGUCCACUGCAAGGACAUCGUGCGGGAUUUACUGCAUAAAAGCGUCUUCAGCGAGGAGGAUUUUGAGUGGACAAGGCACCUGCAGUACAGGUGGAACGAGAAGCAGAUGCUGUGCUACGUGUUCCAGGGCGAGGCCCGGUUCGCCUACGGCUACGAGUACCUGGGCUGCACCCCGCGGCUGGUCAUCACGCCGCUCACCACCCGCUGCUGGCUCACGCUCACUGGGGCGCUGCACCUGAACCUGGGCGGCUGCCCCUCGGGGCCCGCGGGCACGGGCAAGACCGAGAGCAUCAAGAACCUGGCCAGGUCCUUAGGUAAACACUGCGUGGUCUUCAACUGCUUUGAGGAUCUGGACUAUAAGAUAAUGGGAAAGUUCUUCUUGGGACUAGUCCAGUCGGGAGCAUGGUUUUGCUUCGAUGAAUUCAAUCAGAUCGACGUGGAAAUCCACUCGGUGAUUGGCUCCCUGAUCCAAACCAUUAAGGCAGCCAAAGACAGCUACUCUGUCAGGUUUGUCCUGGAAGGGAAAAAAAUCCGUAUCAACCUGUCCUGUGCGGUGUUCAUCACCAUGAACUUCGGGCACAAGAGCCACGUCGACCUCCCCAGCACGCUGAGGUCCCUCUUCCGCCCGGUGGCCAUGGUGGUGCCCCACUCCCGCAUGAUCGCCGAGACCAGCCUGCUGGCCGCCGGCUUCCAGGCGGCAAAGGCGCUCUCCAGGAAGCUGGUGAACCUGUACCAGCUGGCCAGCAAGCAGCUCUCCGGGCAGGAUCACUAUAACUUUGGCCUGAGGUCUCUGAAGACAAUUAUAAUAAUUGCGGGAAAGAAGAAGCAGAAGUUUAAAAGCGACACCAGCCUCUCCGAGGCCGAGGAGACGCUGAUCAUCAUCGAGGCCGUGCGAGAGGCCAGCCUGCCCAAGUGCACGGCCAAGGACGUCCUCCCCUUCGAGAGCAUCAUCAGCGACACGUUCCCCGGAGCCACCGUGCCCAAGGCCAGCCAGGCGGCCCUGGAGAAAGUAGUCUUUAUUGCAACACAGCUGUUGGGCUUACAGCAAUGGCCAGCUCAGAAAGAGAAAAUCAUCCAGUUCCACAACCAACUGCAGGCUUGUGUUGGUGUGAUGCUGGUGGGCCCGACAGGUGGAGGAAAGACGACCGUGAGGAGAAUUUUAGAGAGAGCAUUGGUGCUUUUACCGAUCCAAGAGUUAUUAUCCAUUGAAACCAGGAUCUCUCUUUCACAGAUUCCAGGAAGAAAGGGAAAAGUGGACACUUGUGUUUUAAAUCCAAAGUGUAUCACCGUUGGGGAGCUAUUUGGACAGCUGGAUCCUAACACCAUGGAAUGGAGCGAUGGGUUAUUGUCAGCAACCAUUCGGAACUAUGUCUAUUCCAACAGUUUGAAACCUUCCAAGAAAGACGGUGAUCUCGCGCUAAAGUCAAGAAUCUCAGAUGUAUCUAAUGUUUUCCAGCUCCACGCCGCGACUAUAUCAGAUGUGGACGCCACCAGGUUUAAGAAAGAGAUGGAGAAGGAGGUUCCAGUUACCGAAAGCGAGAAGUUUGACUGGCAGUGGGUUGUCCUGGAUGGUCCCGUGGACGCCUUUUGGGUGGAGAACCUGAACUCGAUGCUGGACAACACGAGGAUGCUGUGCCUCGCCAACAGCGAGAGGAUCGCGCUGACGAAUAAGAUCAGGGUGAUCUUUGAAGUGGACAGCCUCGCCCACGCCAGUCCUGCCACUGUCAGCCGGUGUGCGAUGGUUUAUAUGGACCCUGUUGAUCUGGGAUGGGAGCCUUACGUCACGUCAUGGCUCGCGAAAACAUCUAAAAUUAUGAGCCCACGAGGAGUGGAAUGUCUUGAGUUCUUGAUUAAUAACAGUGUCAAAGAUGGACUGCAGUUUAUAAAGAACCAUCAGAAAUUUCAGCCAUUUCCUGUCCAGAACAUCACCAUCGUUACAACGCUCUGCAGAAUUCUUGACGCCUUCUUUGAAUUCAUGGGCAAAAAUGGAGGCUUUGGACAAGGUGAAGAUGUGAAGACCGUUCCGACUGAGAGAAGUUCUCUGCAUUUAAAAGCUCCUGUCAAGUUCAAGAACGUGGACAAAAGUAAUGAAAGUCCGUGGUAUCUGGAGAAAUAUCCCGACAAGUUAACGACGAUGAUUCAGAAGCUUUUCGUGUUUGCAUUUACCUGGGCAUUUGGAGGAACUUUGAAACGCGAAGAUGAGCAUGAAGAUGAUAUGCUCAUGUACUCAAAUUUUGUACCUGCUUCUCUUGCGAAAGUCACCUAUGAUUUUGACAAUCUUGUCCACGAAUUAUUUGAAAGACCAGAAAUAGGCCUUACCCUCCCAACUGGCGAGACAUCCAUCUUCGGGUAUUUUGUGGAUCUGCAGCUGUGUGAGUUCAUCCGGUGGUCAGAACUGCUUCCGAAUGUUCAGACACUGAUUCAGAGAGGGACGUCCAGACUGGUGGACCUGCAGGGCCACGGCGAGAGCAUCCUGAAGAUCACGGAAUUCGGGGAGAGCGUGAAUCACACCGCCACCCGCGACACCACGUGCCUGACCUUCCUCACCAGCCUCCUCCUGAAGAACUUCUGCCCUGUCCUUCUCACAGGAGAGUUUGGUGUUGGGAAAACCAGUGCCAUCAGUCAGAUGCUUACAAAGUUAGAGAGCUCAGGAGGAUUCGAUGUGAAACACGGGUCAAUUUUAGGAGAAGUCCUAUUAUAUAACGAGAUUAAAAAGUCAAGCCUGAGGGAGAACAUCAGCGCCCUGCUCUCCGAUUCCCACAAGACGGCGGCCGGGAGCCAAGAUAAGAUUGCCAAGAAGCCGGAGAAGGUGGAUGAAGGCCCCUUUAAAAACAACCUCAAAGGGGUCAUCACCUCCACCAUCAACUUCGGCGUCAGGACGACGGCCGCCAGGACCAGGGAGCUGGUCCUGAAGAAGUUAAGACGGAGAAACAAGGACACGCUCGGAGCCCCCAAAAACAACAAGAUUGUAGUAUUCAUUGAUGACCUGAAUAUGCCGGAAGCGGAUAAGUAUGGGACACAGCCACCCCUGGAACUAAUCAGACAACUGCUGGAUCUGGGAGGAGUCUAUGAUACCGAAAAAAUUGCGUGGAAGAACAUCCAGGAUCUCUCCCUCGUGGCGGCCUGCAUCCCUCCCGCGGGCUGGGGGGACAUCAGCCCGCGGGUCCUCAGGCACUUCUCCGUCCUGAUGCUGCCCCAUCCUCCGCAGAGCGCCCUGCGCACCAUCUUCCAGGUCCACCUGGGAAUGUACUUCUCCAUCCACAACUUCAUGCCUGACGUCCAGAGGAACAAGGAUCAGCUCAUCUCUUGCUCCCUCGCCAUCUACUACCAAGUCUGCCAGAACAUGCUGACCACGCCGUCCAAGUGUCACUACAUGUUCAAUCUCCGUGACAUCUUCAAGCUCCUCCUGGGGCUGCUGCAGGCCGACAAGGCCGUCGUGGACUCCAAGGAGAUGGCCGCCCUGUUCUUCGCCCACGAGGCCGCCCGCGUGUUCCACGACCGCCUCGUGGAGCCGGCGGAGAGGGCGCUGUUCUACCAGUUCCUCUCCAGGGAGCUGGAGAGCCACUUCCAGGUGCAGUGGACCAAGGAGUCCAUGAUGAGCGACUCCACCGUGUUCGUGGACUUCCUGCGGGUCAACAAGACGCUCCGGAAGAAGCUGUACCAGAACACCAACGACUUCGCCAAGCUGGCCCGCGUGCUCGGGGCCUUCCAGGCGCGGAUCCGGGCCACCUCGGAGAUCUCCCACUCGCUGGUGUUCUUCAAGGCAGCCAUAGAGCACAUCGUGCGGGCCACACGGGUCCUGCGGCAGUCAGGGGCCCACAUGCUGCUGAUCGGCAUCGACGGCUGUGGGAAAGAAACGUGCACGACCUUGGCCUGCCACCUGACGGACCACAAGCUCUACCACGUGCCCGUGUCCCACAGCUACACCCACAUGGAGUUCAAGGAGGACUGCAAGAAGGUGUUUGUCCAGGCCGGACUGGAAGGGACGCCCACCGCACUCCUGAUCGUUAACUUAAGCCUAGACCAGGAGGCGCUGCUGGAGGACCUGAACAGCAUCGUCAGCCUGGGGGAGGUCCCCGACAUGUUCGAGAAGGACGAGCUGGACGCCCUGGCCCUGCGGAUCCGCUCGCUGGCCGAGCAGACGGCGGGCUACGCGGACAGCCGGAAGGCCGUGCUGUCCUUCUUCCAGAAGAGAAUACGGAGAAGCCUGCACAUCUUUAUGAUCGUGAAUCCCGCCGGCCCCCAGUUCCGCCGGUACUGCCGCGUGUACGCCUCCAUGAUCAGCUCCUGCACCAUCGACUGGUACGAGCGGUGGCCAGAGGAGGCGCUCUUGCUUGUAGCCAACUCUUUCCUGAGAAAAAACGUGGAUUUAGAGAACAGAGAGAACCUGAAGGAAAGACUUGCCCCAUUGUGUGUCCAAAUCCACCAGAGUGUGAAAGACUUGAGCACAAAAUACUUCCAGGAAACCAGGAGGCGCUAUUAUGUCACUCCCCGGAGCUACCUGCGAUUCAUGGACACGUUCGGGCACAUGCUGAGGUCCCGCGAGAAAGAACUGCAAACCAAGAGGGAUCGCUUCUACAUGGGUCUGUCCAAGAUCCUGGAGGCCACGGCUCUGGUCAAGGACAUGCAGGAGGAGCUCCUGAUCCUCAGCCCUCAGAUAGAACAGAAGACCAAGGAAAAAGAAAUGUUAAUGGAAAAACUACAGAAGGACUCACAAGUCGUUGAGAAAGUCCAGAUGCUCGUGAAACAGGAUGAGGAAAUCAUGGAAGAGGAAGUGAGAAUUGUGGAAGAGCAUGCUCAUACAACGGCCCACGAACUGAAGAGCGUGAUGCCAGCUCUGGACAAGGCCAUCCUGGCUCUCAACACCCUGGACAAGACCGACAUCUCCGAGCUGAGGGUGUACGCGCGCCCCCCGUACCUGGUGCUCACGGUCAUGAACGCGGUGUGCACUCUCCUGCAGAAGAAGCCCAACUGGGCCACGGCCAAGCUGCUGCUGUCGGAGACCGGCUUCCUGAAGAAGCUGGUACAGCUCGACAAGGACCGGCUGCCCGAGAAGGUCUUCGUGAAGCUGAAAAAAUUCCUGGUCUUGCCCGACUUCAACCCCAAAAAGAUCGCCCUCGUGUCGCUGGCCUGCUGCUCGAUGUGCGAGUGGAUCAUCGCGCUGAACAACUACCACGACGUGCGGAAGGUGGUGGGCCCGAAACAGGCCCAGGUCGCUGAGGCCCAGAACAUUCUGAGAAUCGCGCAACAGAGGCUGGCGGAAAAGCAGAGAGGUUUGCAGCUGGUUGAAGACCACUUGCAGUUUUUGCAGGCGGCCUACAGAGACAUCGUUGCCGAGAAGGACGUAUUGGCAGCUCGAAGACAGCUGGCCACGAGGCGCAUGUACUGUGCGUCGGUGUUGCUCACCGCCCUGGGCGACGAGAAGAUCCGAUGGCAGGAAACGAUCGAUCAGAUAGACAGCAAGCUGGAGGGCAUUGUGGGGGACAUACUGAUGUCGGCCGCAUGCAUCGUCUACAGCGGGGUGCUAACCCCGGAAUUCCGCCAGCUGAUCGUGAACCAAUGGGAGAACCUCUGCACCAAAAGCAACAUUUCUCUGUCUUCCAAGUUUUCUUUAAUCGAGGUCAUGGCACAAACCCAGCAGAUCCGCCGGUGGCACCAGCAGGGGCUGCCUCUCGGCAAGUACCUAACGGAAAACGCCAUCCUGAUCCAGAGCGGCCUGUCAUGGCCUCUGCUGAUCGACCCCUACAAGCAAGCGUACAGCUGGAUCCGCCAGAUGGAGGGGCCGGGCCUGCAGGAGUUCUCCUUCAAGGACAGCGGCUACAUCAAGAAGAUCGAGAACGCCAUCAAGACGGGAGGGAGCGUCCUCCUGCAGAACCUGCCUGAAACCUUGUCUCCAAGGCUGAAGGCGAUUUUGAAGAAGGACAUCUAUCAGCGGAGAGGACAGUCUUUCAUCCGGGUCAGCGACUGUGACGUUGAAUACAACCCCAAGUUCAGGUUGUACAUAUCCACAGAGGUAGACAACCCCGACUUCCCUCCCACCGUCUACAACUUGGUCAACGUCAUCAACUUCACGGUCACCUUCCAAGGCCUGCAGGAUCAGCUCUUGUCCACCAUCGUCACCCACGAGGUGCCUCACCUGGAAAACCAGCGCUUCCAGCUGCUGGAGAGCAUCUCCCUGGACGCCAUGACUCUCCAGGAGCUGGAGGAGAAGACGCUCAAUCUGCUGGAGAACACACAAGGGUGUGUGCUGGAUAACGAGGAAAUCAUAGACACCCUGAGGAAAUCCAAGAUCACCUCCGACGAGAUCUCCAAGCGCAUCAGCGAGACGGAGAAGGCGGAGAGCGAGAUCCAGGCAAACCGGGAGAGCUACCUCCCCGUGGCCACCCGCGGCGCCCUGCUGUACUUCGUGGUGGCCAGCCUCCCCCAGGUCAACCACAUGUACCAGUUCUCCCUGGAUUGGUUCCGCCAGGUCUUCCUCUCGUCGGUGGCCUCCGGGGGCAAGGAGCAGGAGGAGCACGGGUCCAAGUGGGAGAAGGCCUCCCUGAGAAGGACUCUCGGUAGCCCGUCCAGGGAGCGUGUCAGCCCCUCCCGGGAGCACAAGCUCAAGCUGGAGAGGCAUCCCCUGGAGAGGCGUCUGAGGAGCACGGUGGACGUGCUGACCACGAGCGUAUUUAAGGUGGUGUCCGCGGCCCUGUUCAACGAGCACAAGCUCUGCUUCUCCUUCCUGAUCUGCACCUCCAUCAUGAAGCACAGCGCCCGCCACAGCCACCCCGUGGACGCCAUCGGCUCCCUCUCGGAGGAGGAGUGGAGCAUCUUCCUCUACUCAAGCACCCUGGCCAGCACCGAGGGCGUCAUGCCCAUGCCCCGACUCAACAGCCUGUACGAGACGUGCAGGAGACGGCACCUGCAGUGGGUCUCGCACCCGCGGUGGAAGCAGUGCCUGUACCUCAGCGGGCGGCUGGAAGCCUUCUCUCUCCUGUGCCGGUCCCUGCUGUCCAACGUGGCCCAGUGGAGCGUGUUCCAAGACAGCCAGGCGCUGUACGUCCUGCUGGCCACGCCUUUCUGUCCCGAGGCGGAAGACAGCGAGAGGUCCCCGGAGGAAAUUGAAUUUCUGAAUGAACACGAAGAGUUACGAAGUCCCGUCAGUUUUCCCUGGGAGAAACUCACUCCAUUCCAAAGACUUAUUCUGAUAAAAGUCCUCAGACCGGAGCGUUUGAAGAACUCUGUGAGGAAGUUUAUCACUGAAAAGAUAGGAAGCAAAUACAUCCACAGAACCGGAAUCAACCUGAAGGAGUCCUACAAGGACUCCAACGCCUGCACCCCGGUGAUGCUGAUCCACGCGCGAGGGGUGGACGUCACCAACACGCUCCUGAAGUUCGCCCAGGACUCCAGAGGAACCACGGAGCACGUGACCAUGCUGUCCCUGGGCCAGGGCCGGGCAGCCAAAGCUGAGGACCUCAUCGCCGAGGCCCUCACCAAAGCCGGGCAGUGGGUCUUGCUGCAGAACUGCCACCUCGCCGCGUCCUUCAUGCCCCGGCUGUGCACCAUCGUGGACUCACUUAACGACCCAGCUGUGACCAGAGACCCCGAGUUUCGGCUGUGGUUAAGCUCAGAAUCAGACAGUUCUUUACCAGUUCCCCUUCUUCAGAAGAGCUUGAAGGUGGCCGUGGAGGAGCCCAUGGGGCUGAAGAGCAGCCUGCUGAAGGCGCUGGGCCAGGACGGCAGCGGCGAGGUGACGGAGGGCGGCUUCGAGCGCGCGGACUGCGGGCCCUGGUGGAAGAAGCUGCUCUUCGGCCUGUGCUUCUUCCACGCCCUCAUCAGCGAGAGGAGGAAGUACGGCGUCCUGGGCUGGAACGUCCACUACGAGUUCAGCCCGUCCGACUUCGAGGUGGCGGUGAGGGUGCUGGAGAGCGCCCUGAGCGGCCAGCAGGCCGUGCCGUGGCCCAAGCUGCACUACCUGCUCGGGGAGGUGGUGUACGGGGGCCAGGUGACCGACCCCUGGGACCAGCGCUGCCUCAGCACCCUGCUGCUCCGCUUCUGCAACCCCGACGUGCUGCGCCCCGACUUCAGCUUCUUCAGCGAGGAGCUGUGCCUGCCGGAGCCGGCCAGCCUGCGGGCCUACCGCCGCGCGGUGCAGGCGCUGCCGGACGACGAGCCGGCCGAGCUGCUGGGGCUGCACCCCGAGGCCACGCGGGGCUGCCGGCAGGCGCAGGCGCAGGCCUUCCUGGACCACCUGGCGGCGCUGCAGGCCAAGGCGGCCACGCCCAGCCUCCCCGUCAGCCGGGAGCCCAGCGGUGACGAGCUGGUGCUGGAGACGCUGGCGGACGUGCAGAAGCGGCUGCCGCUGACCGUGGAGAAGGAGGAGGUCUCCGGCGCCCAGGGCACCCUGCGCAGCAUCAUGGCGGGCACCGUGUGGGAGGAGCUGCACACCAGCCUGCCAGGCUAUGACCCCUUCACCCACUGCGUCCUGCUGACCUUCCUGAAGCAAGAAAUCGGACUCUUCAACCAGCUGCUGCUUGUCGUACACGAGUCCCUGAGGGACCUCCAGCUGGCCGUCAAGGGGGAGAUCGUGCUGGGGCAGGAGCUGGAGGAGAUGUACAACGCCUUCCUCACGGGACGCGUGCCCGCGCUGUGGCAGAGACACGCCUACAGGUCGUGCAAGCCCCUGGCCUCCUGGGUCAACGACCUCAUCCAGCGGCUGAACUUCUUCAACACCUGGGCCAAGAUGGCCUACACCACCAUCUACCGCCGGUACAUGCGGUUCAUCUUAGCCGGGAAGCAGCCCAGCUCCACACACCAGACGGAGGAGGAGAGCAACCUCGUGGAAGGGUUUCCCGCAAGAUACUGGCUCCCCGCUUUCUUCUUCCCACAAGCCUUCCUCAUGGCCGUGCUGCAGGACUACGGACGGGCCCACGGGAUCUCCACCGACGGCCUCACCUUCAUCCACCAGGUGAUCCCCGACUCCGUGGGCUCCAAGGAGGAGGAGGUCUCCAUCACGAUCCAGAGGAAGCUCAACCUCGUCAGGAGAGCCUUCAAGGGCACGGACUCCACACACACUGGGGCUCACGUCUUCGGACUGUUCAUCCAGGGGGCAAGGUGGGAUCACGAAGCGAAAAUACUAGCAGACUCGCUGCCUCGCGAGAUCUGCUGCGAAUUUCCGGAAAUCUACUUCUUGCCAACCAAGGUUUCCCCGGAGACGCCGGAGGCCCCUGAGCUGCCCAAGCAGCCCGAGGACGGGACGUUCGAGUGCCCGCUGUACCAAACGCCGCAGAGGUGCACCUCCCCCGGCUCCGCCUCCAACUUCCUGACGGCCGUGUCCUUGCCCACGCGGAAGCCACCCAGCCACUGGAUCACCAUGCAGGUCGCCUUGCUGUGUGAGAAGAGUGAGUAA